UCAUAAUAAAAUAAAAGUUUAAAUUAAUAUUUCUUUGUUUACUGCUUACUGUUAAACUUGCUUACUGAAAAGGACGUUAAAAAUGCCAUUCAAGAAAAGAAAAUUUGCAUGCUUCUCUUGUUGUGGCCGGGGAUCAAAAUCCAAGAAAAACUCUAUGCCAGAGACCGACAGCAUACACAGUUGUAAUGACACAGAAUCGAUAGACUUUUCAAAUGAAAACUCUGAUUACGAAGAAACAUCUAAUUUUCGGGACAGUCAGUUGCUCUUGGCGAAUACCGAACUAGAUUGUCCAACUGCAAGAACUGGCACAGCCAGAAUAAUUACAAAGGCACCGAGUCCGACUGCUCAUCUGGCCGAUGUACAUUUCACUGCGGAAUCUACAAACCUCCUAAAUGACAAGGCGGUCAGUUUCGAUCCAAAAGUGUCACCCGAUCGCACCAAUCAAAUCAAACCCGGCAAUAGAACGUACAGAAAAACACCACACAAAGAUAAACGAACGGAGGAACCCUUAAUUGAAGACUUGUCAGUAAAAAUCGUCCAGAAAGUAAUGCGUUCUGCCCUCUCGUAUUUUCUAGUAACCAAUUGCAUCAGCCGGAGCCUUGAAACUUUCGGCCCAAUAAUUUCAGAAUCAAAUCUUUCAUUAGAAGAAAGCUCAGACACAAUCUCGUGCGAAUCAAGCGACGACGACGCAUCUGUGGUCUCUCAGUUUGUUGAUGACCUCCUACGUGACGUCAUUGGUAAACUUGACGUUCGUGAAGUUGGGCAAUAUUUUAUCGAGGAUGAACUUCUGGUACCGGAUAGUGAUAUUGGAUCCAGUACAACUGGAGAUUUGGUCUCAGACGUUACGAGUGAAGAGACAAUAGAAGUUUCUUACUCCGAUUUCGUUGAGGAUCCCGCAAGAAUGGCAUCUUCUACUAGUUCAUUAGAAUGGGAUUCCUACGAAUGCUACCGCCCAAUAGGAACAUUCAUAUAACGGAUUUAUCAUAAACUUAAUAAACGUAUACUUGUUUAUAAAACGACCAGUGGUUCGUAUCACGACAUCGUAUAUUUUUGUUAUUUAUAAAACUCGUUUGUUUUGUUUUUAACU